GCAGCUUGUAAAGCCUCCUCCAUAUAUAUCAAACCAUCAAUACUUCUUCCCUUCUCCUCUGUUGCUCCUCCUUGUAUCAAGAUGGUUGCUGGGUGUUUCACCAUUGAGCGGACAAGCACCGUCAGCAUGGAGAGGCUAUGCAAGGCGGUCGCCCUUGAUGGCCACAACUUGCUACCCAAGGUCUUGCCUGAAUAUUAUGUUAGUGGAGAGAUUGUUGAGAACAGUGGAGCUGGCACAAUAAGGAAAUUUAAGUUCACCCCAGCUGUCAAGGCAGCAAGCUUCAUAAAGGAUCGUGUGGAAGUGGACCAAGAGAACCACCUGGUGAAGUAUGUUAUCAUCGAUGGAGGUCUCAUCGGGAAGCGACUCAAGUCCCACGUCUUGGAGGUCAAAUACGAGGCGUCAGACAAUGGUGGUUGCGUGGUGAAGACCAAGAUAGAGUAUGAGACCCUCGACGACAAGCCUUUGAGUGAGGAGGAGGUGGCAAAGAUGAAUGAAGGGGUGGUGCAGUCGACGAAGGCUGUGGAAGGCUACCUGCUUGCCAACCCCACUGCUUACGCCUGAAGUCUCUAGAGGCUCAAAUGGCUAUAAAUAUUGUGAUUGCUGCUAUACAUGAAGCUGCAUGCUCCGUGUUUUCUGAGUGCUUCCCUUGAGGAGGUACCGUCAAUGGCUUUUCUUGAGUAAUUUGAUAAUAAUAAGGAGGUGAUGUAAUGGUGUGUGUCACCUUCUCUGGUGUUGUUUUUUUUUCCCUUUAUUUUCAAAUAACAUGUCAUGUAACGUGUUCCUUGUUUUAUAUAAAUGAAUGUUGCGAGCCUGGUGUUA